CGGCUGAAACAUAGAGUAACAAUUCCAGGAGCAGGUUAAGUUAACCUGUUGAAGUCUCUCCUUACACUUGGCAUCGAUUCCCAGAAUCAGUAGAGUAAAGACCAGAGAGAUUGCUUUUUGAACCAGAAAUUUGUAUCCUUGUUCGUCUUUCCUUUUACGAUCGCUAAAGCGUUUCUGAGUCUGAUCCCAAAUUUCCACCGAAAGAUUAGAUUAGGGCUUUCACUCGAUUCUCAAUGGAAAGAAUCAGAAGAGCUUCUCAUGCAGGAUCUUGGUACACUGAUAACCCAAAAGAAUUAGCGGAAGAGCUUGAUGGAUGGCUUAUGGAGGCUGGCUUGCCUAAAUCUUCUGAUGUAAGAGGUGUAAUUGCUCCGCAUGCAGGCUAUUCGUAUUCAGGACGUGCUGCUGCUUAUGCUUUUGGAAAUAUAGACCCAACAAACAUUUCUCGUGUAUUCCUUCUCGGUCCAUCUCACCAUUAUUACACUCCAAAAUGUGCUCUGUCAACUGCUACGGUGUACAAAACACCAAUAGGGGACUUACCUAUUGAUCUGGAAGUCAUCGAGGAGCUGACAGCUACCGGAAAAUUUGAAUCAAUGAAUCUUCGAGUUGAUGAGGCUGAGCAUAGUAUGGAAAUGCACUUGCCUUAUCUUGCAAAAGUAUUUGAGGGGCAUCCAGUGAAAGUUGUACCGAUUUUGGUUGGUGCUCUUAGUGCUGAAAAUGAAGCGAUGUAUGGAAAAUUGCUGGCCAAAUAUAUAGAUGAUCCUCAAAAUUUCUUCUCCGUGUCAUCAGAUUUUUGCCACUGGGGUUCUCGGUUUAAUUACAUGCACUAUGACAAGAAGUACGGUGCCAUACAUAAAUCAAUUGAAGCCUUAGACAAGAUGGGCAUGGAUAUAAUAGAAACAGGAGAUGCAGAUGCAUUCAAGGAAUAUCUGUCGGAGUAUGACAACACUAUCUGUGGGCGUCAUCCAAUCAGUGUUUUCCUUCAUAUGCUAAGGAACAGUACAACAAGAAUAAAGAUCAAAUUCCUCCGAUACGAGCAAUCUAGUAAGUGCAAAACAACAAGAGACAGUAGUGUGAGUUAUGCAUCUGCAGCAGCAAAGGUGGAUGAUUGAAUAAGUGAAAAAAAUAAAUAAAAUACUCCCUCGGGUGAGAACUUCUGGCAAUCCCAACUCAUUUGAUUUAAUCUGUAAUAUAUAACUUAAUGUUUUACUUUUACUUGCCCAUAGAUUGAAACUAAUAAUGCUACUUUUGUGUCUACAAAUGCCAUGCUUUAUGUUUUACUCUGCCA